AUGGGAGCAUUGCUUUCGCGUUUUGACCAUCGAGCACUGAUAUGGUGUAGAAGCUGGCACACAGAAUCAGCAAAAGUUGGCACACACGGAGUCUUUCACUUGUGUAAAGAUGUAGUGGUUUUUCUAGAAAACGUAAUGAGGGAGGUGCCGGCUUUAGCCACUCCAACAGAUCACUCUGCAACUACUUCGUUUAGCAAGGAUGGGACAUUAAGCAUCUGGAUGGAGUCUCCAUUCUUGAAUACUCUGAUUCCUUUGGGCUCGUCACCUUCAGCAGUAAAUCAACCAGUUGUUUCAUGA